AUGGGGGAUUUCAGUGUGCCCGUGAUGGAAUGGGAGAUGAAGUAUGCGCCAGUGGGCAGCUUCGGAGAUGAGCUACUAGAGAUGAAGCACGAAUUGGCGCUCACCAAGUACGUCACCAAUCCCACCCAAUGGCGACUGGGUAACUCUCCUAGCACCUUAGACCUUGUGUUUACCAAAAGCAGGAAAGUCAUCGGGAACACUGCUAUAGGUGCACCGCUCGGUAGAAGUGACCGACUGUGCUCCUUCCCCUCCCAAGUCAAGUUGCGUCGAAGCUAUGGGCGCAUGAAGCCCGAAUGUCUCCAGGCUGCGGCACAGACCAUGGUCUGGUCAGAGGCAAACUAUGGGGGUUUAGAGUUGUGGGACUUGAUGAGGGAUAACCUGCUGACUCUCACCAAUAGUUUUGCACCUCUGUGUCCCGUUAGGUCAAAGACCACCCCAUCCUGGUGGUCCAGUCGGAUGAAAAAAGCCCUAAUUAGAAAAAGGGUCGAGUGUCAGAGACUCUAUACCACAAGUGGUUAUCUAAGACACCUACAGUACUCACGUGAGCGUAAGAACUUCGACUGCAUCCUCCCAGAUACCAAAAGAGUUUUCGAGGUUUCUCGAGCCAAGAAAGCUAAGAGUUCCCCUAAGGCUCACUACAGAAUCGGUUGGUUUGAGCUUGCCGAAGGCUUGGGUUCUACACCCACAAUGGACAAUUUUGCUCCGGCAAUGGUUGUUGGGCGCGGCUGUCUCUACCGUUUUGGCUAUAUGCGUCUGCAUUCCGGACCAUUUUGA